AUGGAUUUGGAAACAGCACGUGCAAAUUAUCCAAACAGACUAGAGAGGUUAGAAGAAGAACGUCUUAUGGACAUGCCUUUCGAUGUUAGUGAACCUCAAGUUGAAGGACACGACGGCUUUGCCAGAUUCUACUGGAAACAUGACGAACAAUUGCAUCCUUUGAGAAGGAAAAAAGGAAAAGGUGAAGACGCACAUGCUCCCAUGGAAAGAACAAGAUAUGCAUAUGAAAAGUACCGUGAAGUUAGAAGUCAAAUUACAUCUGGUCGAACCUUUACAGUAAACUUUGACGAAGGAAAGAACAAAGAAGGCUUCAUGGGAGUACUUGCUGCAAUUCAAGAUGGAAAUAAGAAAGGAUACAAUCUCAGAUUGACCAUAACAGAUUUGGACGGUCAUAUAUACUAUGCGCAUGGCAAUGUCACAACAGCUGCAAUGCUUCUUGACGCUUUCAAGACUACAAAGAGAGAACAAAUGGUUGACUCCGACUCAGACAUUUUGAAUGCAAUUGAAGGAAUUGUAAGCGUGAAGUUCGAAUGGUACCAACCUAACCCUCAAGCAGUCAGACAACAUGCUGGAUA